CUUUUAUUUUGUAAUAUCGCGCUCCCGCAGGCGAGUCAGUUGGUCACCGCGUCUGUCCUCGCUGUUAUUAUUUCGUGCGGACACUAAUCGGUGUUUAUUGCCCUGUUUAGCGUCGCAGAGGCGAUUAUUUCAUAACCGACUGUUGAAUUAAAAGCUGUAAAGGUUUCUCGGGAUGAUCCCGACCGAGGACGCGUCCGCCAGGAAGCGGGAGAUCGAGGAGAAGCUGAAACAGGAACAAGAAACGCUGUCCUUUAUUCGGGAAAAUCUGGAAAAGAGUGACCAGCUGACUAAAGGAAUGGUGUCCAUCCUGUCCUCGUUUGAAAGCCGCCUCAUGGCACUGGAGAACUCCAUCAUUCCGGUGCAUAAGCAGACGGAGAACCUGCAGCGUCUGCAGGAGAAUGUGGAGAAAACGCUCUUCUGCCUCGACCACGUCAUCAGCUACUACCACGUUGCCAAGGAUACAGACAAGAUCAUCAAAGAGGGGCCCACCGGCCGGCUGGAUGAGUAUCUCGCCUGCAUCGCAAAGAUCCAGAAAGCUGUGGAAUAUUUUCAGGAUAACAACCCGGACAGUCCUGAGCUCAACACAGUGAAAGUGCGUUUUGAGAAGGGUAAAGAGCAGCUGGAGGCGGAGUUUCGUGCUCUGCUGACGCGCUACAGUAAGCCGGUUCCGCCCAUCCUGAUCCUGGACGCGAUUGGUGGAGACGAGGAGCUGGAGGGCGAGGUGACGCUGGAGCACCUGCCCGAGGCCGUGCUGCAGGACGUCAUCUGCAUCUCUGCGUGGCUGGUGGAGUACGGCCGCAACCAGGACUUCAUGAACGUGUAUUUCCAGAUCCGCUCCAGUCAGCUGGAUCGCUCCAUUAAGGGUUUGAAGGAGCAUUUCCGGAAGAGCAGCGCAUCCUCAGCCUUGCUCUACUCUCCUGCAGUACAGGCCAAACGCAAGGACACACCCACCAAGAAGGCCCCGAAACGACCAGUCUACAUCCCAGGGACAAUCCGUAAAGCUCAGAACCUGCUGAAACAGUACUCUCAGCACGGCCUGGACGGGAAAAAGGCCUCUAACCUCACUCCUCUAGAAGGUCACGAUCACGAGCCGCGUGGGGUUAAGCACCUGUCGGAAGCGCUGAGCGACAAGCACGGGGCGUCUCCAGGGAAGGAUGAUGUCCUGGACGUCGAGAUCGACUCGUAUAUCCACUGCAUCAGCGCGUUUGUGAAGCUGGCGCAGAGCGAGUACGCUUUACUGACCGAGAUCAUUCCAGAGCACCACCAGAAAAAGACCUUCGACUCCCUCAUACAGGAGGCGCUGGAUAACCUGAUGCUGGACGGGGACAGUAUCGUCACAGCCGCUCGCAGGGCCAUCAUGAGACACGAUUACUCAGCCGUUCUCACCAUCUUCCCCAUCCUCCGCCACCUCAAACAGACCAAACCGGACUUCGACUCCACGCUGCAGGGCACAGCGGCCAGCACUAAGAACAAGCUGCCCACUCUGAUCACCUCCAUGGAGACGACAGGAGCCAAAGCGCUGGAGGAGUUCGCCGACAGCAUCAAGAACGAUCCGGAUAAGGAAUACAACAUGCCUAAAGACGGAACCGUCCAUGAGCUCACCAGCAACGCGAUCCUGUUCCUGCAGCAGCUGCUGGAUUUCCAGGAGACAGCGGGAGCCAUGCUGGCCUCUCAGGUACUCGGGGACACUUACAAUAUUCCUUUAGACCCCCGAGAGACCAGCUCAUCGGCCAGCAGCUACAGCUCCGAGUUCAGCCGCCGACUCCUCAGCACCUACAUCUGUAAAGUGCUGGGAAACCUGCAGCUGAAUCUGCUGAGCAAAUCUAAAGUGUAUGAGGAUCAGGCUCUGAGCGCCAUCUUCCUCCACAACAACUACAACUACAUCCUCAAAUCUCUGGAAAAGUCAGAGCUGAUCCAGCUUGUGGCCGUCACUCAGAAGAAGGCAGAGAGCUCCUAUAGAGAACUAAUUGAGCAGCAGAUUCUGAUUUACCAGCGCAGCUGGGUGAAGGUAACAGACCACCUGACCGAGCGCAACAUGCCAGCACUUCAGCCUGGAAACAAGCUUAAGGACAAGGAGCGGCAGGUGAUCAAAGACAAAUUCAAGGGCUUUAACGAUGGUCUGGAGGAGCUCUGUAAGAUCCAGAAAGUUUGGGCCAUUCCUGAUAAAGAGCAGCGGGACGCUAUCAGACAGGCUCAGAAGAGACUGGUGUCGGAGGCCUACAGGGCGUUCCUCCAGAGGUGUGCAAAUAUUCCAUUCACCAAAAACCCUGAGAAGUACCACAAGUUCUCACCUGAGCAGGUGGAGGACAUGAUCGAGAAGCUCUUCGACACGUCUGCCUGAGCCACGCCCACAACGCACCCAAACAUCCUGCUGCGCCUGCUGGGAUUUCCUGCUUCUUCCUGCACUACACUUUUCUCCUUUUUGUAUAAAAUAAUUCUGUAAAUAUCUCUAAUGGAGUUAAACUUGGAGUGGAAUAAAGAGAAUCAUGUCAGACCUUC